AAUUCGCCGCCAUUAUGGACAAUCGCUGUGCAUGUACUUUUAAUCGCUGUGUAUUCAUUUUAAAAAAGGUGCAUUGGUUUCAGCAUAAUUGAACUCGUGAAAUAGUGAUAAAUUGUGGCGUGCCUGCGUUAUUUGUGCCAUUGAAACAAUGAGUGAGCUUGAACAGAUAAUUGACCGAAAAUUGGCUGAAGCUCGCAACAGCAGUACAACCGAGUCAACCACAACCAAUGAGAGUAAAAAAGACAAAAAGCAGGAGUCUGAAGAAAAUGAAGCAAAACAAGUUAAAAGUGUGGCAGGUAAUAAGGAUUCGACUCAAGCAAACAAUUCCAAUUCUAAAAAAGCGGAUUCAAAAUCUGUUAAAAAUAUUAGCGAGCAAAACAAAAGCCGGUGUUCCGGAACUAAAUCUGAUGGAUUGGCAAUAGUUGGCAAUAAAAAUUCAAAAAACAUGAACGAUAAAAAACCUGGUGCAACAGACACUGAAAGCAAAAGCUUAGUUUCCGGUAAAAAUAAUGAAAAGAAAGAACAAGUCAAAUCAUCCGAAUCAAAAACCAAAAAUGUUUCAAAACCGGGAGGAGAUAAAAAGACAGGUGAUAAACCCGACGCUAAAACUUCAGCAGCUAAAAGCAAAGCUGAUAAUGAAAAAAACGCCAAUAAAAACUCCACGAAAUCACAAUCGAAUCAAAAGAAAUCGGAGAAUACGAAUAAAAAACCAACUGAUCCAUCUUUUUCUAAAACGAAUGGCAAAAACAGCAGUGCACAGAAUGAAAAAAAUAAGCCAGAGAAUGCAAGCAUUUCUAAAAAAGAUGAAAAUAUAUCUAAUAAUGCUGCGGGCGGUAAAACGACGAUCGAUAAAGAUCGCAAUAGCAAGUCCGACAGUAAAGGUAGUAAAAGUAUCAAUGAGAGGGACACUAAAAAAGAUAGUUCUAAAUCAGAUAAAGAACAUAAUAACAGAAAUACUAACAAAAGCCAAAAUUCUAGUGACAAAGAGUCUAAGAAAGAUACUAAUAAAACCGAGAAAAAUCGAGAGACUACUGAUUAUGCAAGAAACUCAAGAGAGUCAAAUUUGGAAAGAGGACGUAGUAAUGGUAGCAUCCGUGAAAGAUCCCGCUCUAGGACUUAUCGUGAAAGAAGUCGAAGUCCAAGAAAUAGAAGCAGUAGAGCUUUAUAUGCACCCAGGCGUUACUCUCCUUUAUAUACAGGGAGACGUUAUUCACCAGAUCGAUCACCACCGCGACGGUCUAGAACACCGAUACGAGGUUCGUAUCGCGAUGCGCUACGUCUGCUAUCACCUAGUCGUCCUCGAUAUGACCGCAGUCGUUCCCCGAUUAAUUCAAAAGCAUUGAUUGCAAAGAAAAGUUUUCUGGAUGAUUUAGCUGUUAAGUUUGCUCAACAGGGAAAAGAAUUUCCGGAGUUGGAGCAGUUUCGAUGCAAAAUUAACAGUCAAUUCGUGUCAUACCCACAGCGGUAUUCUGCCGAACGAAACCCACAACACACAUAUUCUGCAGGGUUUGAUGGGCCUAGAUUCCCAAUGAUGGAUGAUGGGCCGCCCAUGGAUAAUAGACCAAUGAUGUUUAGUAAUCAGUUCGAUCCUCCAAGAUAUCAAUUUCCACCUGUUAUGCAACCUGAGCCAGUUAUCGAUGUCCCUCCAUUAAUUUCUUACCCAAUUCCUGGAAUGCAACAAAUGAUGGAACCCAAUAAUUUUAUAAACGAAGACUCGCAAGAUAUGGUGUUAACCCAGAUCAAUACUUCCUCGAAGAACAAAGUAGUUGCGGACUUUCCAAGCAUUGAAAAAGCUGCAGUUCUAGGACCACAACAGAUGAAAAAGUGCACUAAGGGUGAAGUUAAAAAUCAUGUUAUUCAGGCGCUCGACCUGUUAGACGAGUUGGGACUCACAGUUAGUAGGACCUCGAAAUUUAUGUAUCGUGCGCCAACCUUUUACAAAAAUGAUGUGCAUCACAAUCGGUCCAAAGUAGUGCAAAGUCCGACUAAUCCUCUUUUCACGUUCAGUAGCAGAUGUGGCGAAUCCAGUGAUCCAUUUGGAAAUAUUCCUCGUAAACUAAAACCUAUCAUCAAUCUGCUUUCUUUGGACGAAGGAGCUAUAUCGCGGAAAAUUUUCCUUCGAGCACAAACAAACGCAAAAAAUGCUCUUCUCUACCGGGAAAGGCUAGAACUCGAAGAACGACAGAAACGAUUACAGCCAAAAUUGACGUUGCAAAAAAAUACUCAGACUGAUCCAACGGUAUGCAAGGAGUGUUUGAUGCGGAUGAUUAAAGUCAAAGUGAACUGUGAAACACAAACAAUUUCGCCGCCUUCGGUAGAGUCCAUGACACAGACAAAUCCAAUGCCAGUGCAAACAGUUAGUGAAUUCGGUUCGAUCACUGAACUGACACCAAACCAGGUACGAGCCGUAAGCGAGUUAAUCAAGUACAUAAAACUAACGGUGACGAGUGGAACAUUAACGGAAAUGCGUAACAGCAUGCGUGACGAUCAGGUCUAUAACUUGAACAGCGACUUACGAACUGCAUUUCAAUAUUUCGAUGCGAUGGUUGAGCGCAAAAAUCCUGCUGAUCUAGCACCACGUGUGCCUCAAGACCCACCUACAAUGUUGUCACAUUGUAACGAUUUCGACGAGAUUACCGAUCGUAACGAUGAUAUUGUAGAACCUGCUUCAAUUCCCAUUGCUGGGCCGAUGGAUGAGGAAGAUGAAUAUGAACAAUAUCAUAAAGCAUUCUGUGAAGGUGAGCCUGAUACGGAAGUCGAGGACCCCCAGGAUAAUUACAAUGAGGGCGAUUAUCACGAUAUACAGGAAGGUGAUGCUUUUGGCGGGUUUCAGCAUAUACCACCGGCGUCCCGCCCGAGAACGUUCGGGUACAACAGUAACUCUAGAGCAGCUAAUUAUGGAACUGGUGAUUCAUCGUAUGGAUCCAAUGAUGGAUACUCCGGCCUACCGCAUCAAGCAGAAUUGUACCAGCAAUACCAAGGCAACAGCUAUGGACAUGAAUACAAUAGGAGAGGACAUUCGUCGAUUAACAGAAGAAAUUAGCUGUAAAAAAAAACUUUUGUUAUAUUUAGCUAUAAAACUAAAUUGUAUAAUCUAAUCCAUCUUUGAAUUGUGAAUUCAAAAUGCUUGAAUUAUCAUGAAGUAGGCAAAAUAAAAAAAAAUAUUUUUUAAUGUCAACUACACGGUUUCAAUUUCAUUGUCAAUACUAUAGUUGUAUGGUUGCAUCUGGACCACACUGUAAUCGUGAUGCUCUGGACAUUUGCGCAGAACGACAUGCAGCCCGAUGAGAUACUACUGGACACUACAAGAUUGGAUGUACAACAAGGAUGUACUAAUAAAAACCAAUUUAUUGUAAAUAUAAAAAACUCUAAUAAAAAAACAUAAUUAUGCCUGUCACAGUA